AUGACAAAGACGUGCGCUAGUCGGGACGCAAUCGCACAGCUGGCGACGAGCGGCAUGAAGAACUCGUCGAUCGCAUCGAGGCUUGGGGUGGCUCUGAGGACCGUCCAGAAGAUCGUAAAGCAAUGGAAAGAUGAGGGGCAUGUUCAGUCCAAGUCCGGAAGAGGACCAAAGAGGACCGUUAACACCCGAAAGAUGCGUGGGAUCAUCAAGAGGAGGAUCGAGCGAAAAGACGAUCAUGCAAAUUAUCUCCGCCGCAUCGUCGAUUCUGUAAAGAAGCGAAUUGAAGCCUGUAUCAAAGCGGAUGGAGGCCACUUCGAAAAUUUCUUG